AUGAUGCAGCAGUUGCUCCAGGGUCAGCAAAUUCAAGGGGAAGCGUUGAAUCAAGUCACCACAGACAUUAACUCCAGGAUGAACGAAAUGUUCAAUGACUUGAGUACCAAAUACGAUAACGUAGCCAGCCAUAUGCGUCAGAUGGACGUUCAGAUCGCCCAGACAGCCGAGAGCGUUAAGAGACAUCAAGGUACUCUACCUGGAAAGACCGAUAAAAGCCCUAAGGAAUGCAGUGCCGUAGCACUAAGGAGUGGAAGAAAUUUACUGGAUACAGUCCCUAAGAAGUUGUCAGCAGCGGAGAAGGGUAAGCAAAAGGAGGGUGAGCAACCACGAUCUGAAGCACCCCCUUUAUCUGACGAGGAACCAAAACAGUCUGCUGAGACUGAUCCAAACCCUGUCGCUACACCUGUGGAGCCUGUUCCUCCGCGUGAAUACACCCCUAAGGUUCCAUACCUUGUUCCAGCAAAGACAUCUCGCAAGGAUCGGGAGGAGACAAAGUGUAAAAAGAUGCUAGAGGAUCUAACUAUCAAGUUACCUCUUAUGGAUGCGAUCCAGAUGAUACCUUCUAUGCGCAGUUUGAUGAAAGGUUUGAUCUCUGGCAAGGUAACUGGCGAUAGUGAGCUAUUGAUGGUUUCAAAGGAGUGCACCGCGGUACUUAAGAACAAGCCGAUUAAGAAAUUGGAUGAUCCAGGCAAAUUGGGCUUCACGGACUUCAAACUGACAAGAAUCUCCCUGGUGUUCGCUGACAGAUCAGUCUCGUCACCGGUGGAUAUUCUGGAAGACCUUCGGGUCCAAGUGGGCAACAUGUUUGUUCCGACAGAUUUUGUGGUUUUGGAGGUUGACGAGCAACCAAGAGAUCCACUCAUCCUAGGUCGUCCUUUCUUGUGCACAGCUGGUGCGAUCAUUGAUGUUCGACAAGGAAGGAUUGAUCUUCACCUAUGA